AUGGUUAACUGCAGCAUCAUAUCUGAAUUCCAGUUUAUGGGAUUCCAGAGCCUUCGUGGGUGGCAGACUCCACUCUUCACUGUGUUCUUACUUAUCUACAUGUUAACCAUCACAGGCAAUGUGAUCAUCAUUGCAGUGGUCAAGCUGGAGCCCUGCCUGCACUCUCCUAUGUACUCUUUCCUCCAAAAUCUCUCCUUCCUAGAGAUCUGGUACACAACCACUAUUGUGCCCAAGAUGCUCAGCAGCCUCCUCAUAGGAAACAAGGCUAUCUCCUUCACUGGGUGCAUGUCCCAGCUCUACUUCUUUGUCUUCUUUGGGGCAACAGAAUGCUUUCUGCUGUCUGUGAUGGCAUAUGAUCGGUACUUGGCAAUUUGUGACCCACUGCAUUAUACAGUAGCUAUGAACACACAGUUUUGCACUCAUUUGGCAAUAGGGUCUUGGGUGAGUGGCCUCCUCACAGGAUUGUUGCCAUCUUUACUGAUCUCCAGACUAAGUUUCUGUAGCUCCAAUCAAAUCAAUCACUUCUUUUGUGAUAUCCCACCUUUGCUGAAGCUCUCUUGCUCUGACACUUCAGUCACUGAGAUAAUCAUAUUUGCACUCUCUGUAUUAGUAAUUUUCACUUGUUUUCUGCUUACCAUGGUCUCUUACGUGUUCAUUAUCUUCACUAUUUUGAAAAUCCCCUCUGCUUCUGGAAAGAAAAAAACAUUUUCUACCUGUGGCUCACACUUGGCUGUGGUGAUGAUAUAUUAUGGUACCAUGAUGUCUAUGUAUAUCCAACCUAGUGCUAGCCUUUCUUCAGAUCUCAAUAAGGUAGUCUCUGUGUUUUACACUGUGGUAACACCACUUCUCAACCCUGUCAUCUACAGUCUGAGAAAUAAUGAUUUCAAGGAGGCUUUGCGGAAGUUGGUGAAAAGGAAAUUUGCCUUAUAG